ACCACAUGCACACACACAGACACGCAGCCACAACCGAGAAGAAGAAGCUGAGCCAUGCUGGAUCCAAGCCCUCCCUCUCCGAGAGCAGCGGCCGACUCCCUCAGAUAGCCAUGAACACCUGCAAGUACAAUGGCGGCGUGGGGAGACCACUCGUGGGCAGUCUGGCGUCCUCGUCGCGCCGCAACCUCGCGGAGCUCGACUCGGAAACGCAGCCCCUGCAGACGCUGCACAGCUCUGGCCUGGAGGUGGUGGUGUCCAAGGGUAAUGGCGGCGAAGACCCCAGUAAGGCAUCCAAUGAGAGCCUGGUCAGGGAGGGCAGUGGGCGUGGCAGAGGCAGGGCGCCCCAGAAGAAAAACAGGGACAUUGGCUACAAACUCGGCCACCGGAGGGCACUGUUCGAGAAGCGAAAGCGGCUCAGCGACUACGCGCUCAUCUUUGGAAUGUUUGGGAUUGUUGUCAUGGUGACGGAGACUGAACUGUCAUGGGGGGUUUACACUAAGGAAUCUUCAUACUCAUUUGCACUGAAAUGCCUUAUCAGCCUUUCCACUGUUAUACUGCUUGGUCUUAUAAUAAUGUACCACGCACGGGAAAUCCAGCUGUUUAUGGUCGACAACGGCGCAGAUGACUGGAGGAUAGCCAUGACCUAUGAGCGGAUCUUCUUCAUCGUGCUGGAGCUGCUGGUGUGCGCCAUCCAUCCCAUCCCCGGCCAGUACGUCUUCACGUGGAAGGCCCGGCUUGCUUUUACGUACACGCCAUCCGUGGCGGAUGCCGACGUGGACAUCAUCCUCUCCAUCCCCAUGUUCCUGAGACUCUACCUGAUUGGCAGGGUCAUGCUACUUCAUAGCAAGCUGUUCACGGACGCUUCGUCUCGCAGCAUCGGCGCCCUCAACAAGAUCAACUUCAACACACGCUUUGUCAUGAAAACGCUCAUGACCAUCUGCCCAGGAACAGUUCUGCUGGUGUUCAGUAUAUCGUCCUGGAUCAUUGCUGCAUGGACUGUGCGCGUCUGCGAGAGGUAUCAUGACAAACAGGAAGUGACCAGUAACUUUCUGGGAGCUAUGUGGCUCAUCUCAAUUACCUUCCUCUCCAUUGGCUACGGGGACAUGGUACCACACACGUACUGUGGGAAAGGCGUGUGUCUGCUUACAGGGAUUAUGGGAGCUGGCUGCACUGCACUUGUGGUUGCAGUGGUGGCCAGGAAGCUGGAGCUGACCAAGGCAGAGAAGCAUGUCCACAACUUCAUGAUGGAUACACAACUCUGCAAACGAGUGAAGAACACAGCUGCCAAUGUACUCAGGGAAACAUGGCUCAUCUACAAACACACCAAGUUGGUCAAGAAGAUUGAUCACGCCAAGGUGCGGAAACACCAACGCAAGUUUCUCCAAGCCAUUCACCAACUCCGCAGUGUGAAGAUGGAGCAGAGGAAGCUCAAUGAUCAGGCCAACACAUUGGUGGACCUGGCGAAGACCCAGAAUGUGAUGUAUGACCUGGUGUCAGAACUCCAGGAGCGCAGUGAGGAGCUGGACAAGCGAAUCGGCACACUGGAGGACAAGCUGGACUCGGUGACGGGCAGCCUGCAGGCGCUGCCCUGCCUCAUCUCCCAAGCCAUAACCCAGCAGCAGCAGGACUUCCUGGACGGCUUUGUUCACCGCUUCCGGCCCGCGUCGCUAGCCUCGGAGCGCUCCGAACGCUCCGAGCGAUCCUGGACGUCCACUACCCGCAGGCGGCGCUCGCCGUCCACUGCACCACACACCUCCUCCGACAGUGGAUAACCUCCAAGACGCACCUUUCCAAAAUCCAUCUCAUCACUUCAUUCUUCUGCUUCUCAAAGAGUCCAUCACUGGACUGAUGAUGAGCCCAUAUCUUGACCUCGCUCUACCCCCAAACCCCUCUCUACCCUCUUAACACCAAUGAGAUCCAAAAACCAAUUUCUAUCCCCCUGUGACUGAGUGUUUCAGCACAGGACUGGAUUAGAGCAACUCCCAGCAGGGGGGGGGGGGGAGGAAAAAAAAUAAAAAUAAAAAUAAAAAAAUUAAAAAAAAAAGAAAUCCAGAAAAAAUAAAAAUGCAUCUGAAAAACAAAAAAAGAAACAAAAGAAAAAGACUGAAAAACCGAGAUAAAGUAGAGAUAUGGUUUAUGUUUUAGCCAUUGUAUGGCUGUUCAAGUUAGCUUUUUUGUAAAAGCCCUUAAAAAUUGAGUUCAGGGUCGCUGGGGUGAGAGCUGGCUGUCACACCGGAGAGUCCUUAACCACCAGGGGGGAUCAGUGUGGCCUACCUGUCGGAGGGCGUCUGCUGGUAUCUGGUGAGGAGGGUGAGACAACAUUUUGGAUUUCCCUUUCAAAAGACUCGUGUCAUGGAUUCUUUCCCGUAGGUUAGGGCAAAAGCUGUCGGUGAGGCUGAACGCGCGGACUGGAGGUCAGUCAGUGUUGGAGACUGCACUAAAGCGGAGAGGAGAAAAGUGUUGCACACAAGCGGAGAAAAGGGGGAUGGUAUGGCAUUACUACUGGGUAGGAAAAAUUUACACUAUUGCCAACUUCAAGGUUUCAGCUUCCUUGUUCUUAACAAGAAAAAAUGAGAGCGACUAUCUUUUUUAGUUACAUAUUGACGUGAUUUUUCAGUGCCUGAAUGUAUAAAUAGUAGAGGGUUAUUUAAUUACUAAUUUCAGAGCUUUUUUACGAUGUUAACAGUCUGACUACAGCAUUGCAUUCCCUUUUCAGAUACAUUCCUCUCCAAAUUUCAAAAGAAAACAUCUUAAAAUGAUGCAUAACAUUGCCUCCAUUAAGCAACCUUGUUUUGAAAACCUUUUUCUUUUCUAUUUAUACUAACACCGUGUAGGGGGGGGAUGUUCAGAGAGCGAGCGAACGUGUGUUUUGUGUGUGUUUGUAUGACUAUGAGUUCACUUUUUGGCUUGAUGCUGCACACCCAUACACAACAGUGGGAAAAUGUAGUGUACCUUCCACAGCACCACUAAUUAGAGCACCCUGUACUCUCCAGAUAAUGGCAUGUCUUGAGGGCUGCUGGUGUAAAUGGGUUAAAGUGAGAAAGGAAGAAAAAAAACAAAAACAAAAAAAAAAAAAAAACAUCCUGUCCCCAUGCAUGGUUCUGUGCAAAAAUGACAGAUUAACGUAUUGUUCCUUGGAUGGCUUGCUGAAGUAAGAAGAUUUGGAUUUUUAAUCAUGUCCACUAUUUGACUGUUUUUUGUUUGUUUGUUUUUUUUGUCACCUUUCUGUUUUUUUCCACUGAAAUUUCCUUUUUAUAGCACCUAGAGAGUUGCAGUAAAUGUGAUUCUGUAAUGCAGUCCCUGUUUAAAAUUAUGAGGCGAAGGAAAACCAUGAUUACAAAAAACAGUUCUGAAAGGAAGCAAAUAAAAGUGCUGAAGAAACUUUGAUGGGUACAGAACACUGAUUGGUCCCACUGCAAUUUUAAAGAAAAAAAUUCUAAACAAAGCUGCGCUGUUUUGCUGGGAAUUCAAAUGAGUACAUUGACACCAACUAAGAAAUGAGAGCUUAGCACUGAUAAGUUUAAAACAUCCACCUAGUAUAAAUUGAGAGAAAAAAAACAAUUAUUAUUAUUUUAUAUUUCAAAAAACAAGAUCAUAUUUUAAGAGUGGCAAGUAUGAGUCUAUUUGCAUUUCUCGGCCAAGCGCUGUCAAGUAUUGGGAGUCUUGCUGGUUGCCUAGCUACCACACAGUCAUGUAAGAAAGGAUUCCCAUUGGAAUGAAUGAAAUCAACAAGAGGAAAUUAGUGUGGUAGUACAAGACAAGUCUCCAACAUCUGUUGUUUUAUUUAUCAAGUCAAAACAACGUUUAUUUUUUUUAAAUAUUGCUCAGUGGCACACUGCUGUUUUUAAAAUCCUUCAAAAAUGUUUACUGCAAUUGAAGUUACUUUAAAAGGCAUGGUGUGAUGCAACUUAAAUUUGGAAUGAGUAGUUUUCUAGUGAAAAAAAAUAUAGGAAUUUUAGUAAUGUUUUCUAUUGCACAUAGAAUAGAACCUUCAAAGUUGAACACAAUAUGUUCUGUUGACUUCCAAGUACUGUAGUUGUCAUUGUAAUGUAACCCUUAUGAGGUGACAAAGGGGUGGAAAAUUAUCUUUACUAUACUAUCUUUCCAGAAGGUUUCUGGAAAAUUUCCAUGGGAAGUUAAGAUGGGAAAUUUUGGAAAUAUUCAAAAUUAGAAACUUUCCAUGGGGAUAAACUUUUUUUUUUGGGUCAUCAGCAGGCAUCCAUGCAAAAUAGGUAGCUCUCCUUGCCCACAUGUGAGGGAAUUAUAGUAACUUAAUUGCUUCAUUUUCUCCCCCCUUAACUCAAGUAGCGGCAUAUCUCUAGCUUGCUGGUAUUUAACAUUUUGGUGCGCAACACAAAGCAAAAAAAUUAAAAUUGACCAAGCGACGGCUCGUAACUCAAAAAUCACAUAAAUUGGGGCACUCAAUAAAUUGGGGCACUUUUCUUGUUUUCGUCAGGCUUAUGCGCAAAUACUUGUAUUUUCCCCAAAUAUAUUAACAUUUUGUAUUCGCAGCCAACAUUCAAAGUUGUACAUCUCUGGUUUAUUUCUGUUUAAUAUAAUGCAUUCACAUUAAUUCCCAUGGAAAGUUUCCAACUUUGAAAUUAACAACCUAGGUGAUGACAUCACAAAAAUGUUUAUCUUUUCGCUGCUCACCUAGCUGAAUCCUCACGUGACAAAACAAAUCACGAUGGCUUGAAGGCCAAAUUUUAUUUUUUGGGGUUGACCCCCAAAUUGUGCCAAUUAUAGGGUGUUCAACUUUGGAUAUUCUACUUAUUUGAAGAGCCAGCAGAGAGAGUUAGUUGGUUGGGGGCAAGCAUGCUGUCCUUUGAAUGCUAGGUCAUCUUAAAAAAAGGACUUUACUAUUAAAAUUAUCGGUGUGGCAUUUCAGCUCAUCAUUUAUUAUUUUGUGAAUUUUAUUUUGGGCCAUGUUUGGGCGGUACCCCACCUCAGUUUAGUCCAGUGAGUCAUUUUGGACCCACCAUUAAUUUAAGAACAUAUUCAGUCCUCUAUGAGUGCAACCUAAUUAAGCAUGAAUAUUUGCUUUUUUUCUGCCCCCCGUUCAGUUGAUGAAGCAUGACUCUUUCCUGUGCCCACCUCGAGCCCCCAUCUUGUACAGUGCUACCCUCCUCUGCCCCAUUCCGUACGAAAGGAUCCAUCCCGUCAUUACGGCCUCCUUUUUCAAUCAAUGUCAUCCAAUUACUUAUGACGGCUAAUGGCAGGCGGCUUGAUGCGACCUAGUUUGUCUGUUCAUGUCUCAUGGUUCAAUCUCUUUAUUAUGUCGUGAGGUUUAGGCUCGUGUUUGUCAUCUUUCAUCAUUAGGAAUAUGAGUCACACAAAGAGGCUUCCAAAAUGGCCUAUGGCAAAAACCUUGAAUAUAAAAAAAAUAACUACAACAGCAGGGUAACACUCGGGUCGUGCUUGGUGAGUGUGUAAUAUUUGGUUACACAGGGUAGGAUGGUCUGAUGGUGUCAUCACACUGAAUAAAGAAUACAUAGAGCUGAGACAUGAUUCAUAAUUUGCACGGCAGAAGAGGGCAGGUUUUAAAUUGAACUAAUACAAAAUAAUAGCUAAACACAAAUGUGGAAUUUCGGAAUAUUUUCCAUUUUAAACAUUUACAUGUGCAUAUCAAUACAUUUGAAUAUUAGAGAAGCUCAUUUCAUUCACAGUAUUUGAAACUCAUGUACUAUAUAGAUUCAUUAAACACACAGGCCAAUACUUACCUAAUUUCCAUAUUAAAAAUCUUUUGGAUUGUUUUUUCUUGAGAUUAGCUAAAAUUAUAAAAAUCAUGGAAUAUUUCACUUUGCGCGUAAUGAAUACAUAUCAUAUAUGAGUUUCACUUUUUCAAUUGAUAUACUGAAAUAAAUUGUUUUCCACAAUUUUACAAUGUAUUGAUCUACUGAUGAAAGUACAAGCCAGGUUCUGUUGUGUUGCACUCUUCACUUUGUUACAUACAUUGGGUAUAAAAUGUUUACACACCCAUGUCAAAACGCCAGCUUUUUUGUAAUAUUAACGAUGAAACAAAGAUUAUUUCUUUCAAAAUGUCAUUCUUAAUUUCAUUAUUUUUCCACAAUUACUGUGGCCUAUAACCUGUACAACAAUUUUUUUAAAUGACAUACUGAGAUAAUGCGGUUGCACAACUCUGCACACCCUCAGAACUGGGGCUGUGAGUGUGUUCAGAACAAACCAAUCACAUUCAAACUCAUGUUUAGUGGAAGUCAGCACACCUGUCACCAUUUAGUGCGCAAGUGCUUCUGAUGAACUCUAAGUUCAGAUGUUCUUGUAGGCUUUUCCUGACACCUUUUUUAGCUUUUUUAGCAGAGGCCUGAAGCUUUUGUGCUCAAUCUGACUGCUUUGGAACUGUUUAUAAUUACCUCCACCUUGACAAAGGCCCCAGUUCCGGCUGGAAAAAAAUAAAAAAUAAAAACAGCCCUAAAGUAUAAUGCUGCCACCACCAUGCUUUAUUGUAUGUAUGGUGUUCAUUUGUUGAUGAGCAGUGUUGUGUUUGCGCCAAUUACCUGUAUGGCCAAACAGUUCGGAGCAGAACACAUUUUCCCACAUGUUUUGGAGAUUUCAAUUGUGUUUUCUUUUCGCUGUAAGAUAAGGCUCAUGUCUUGCCACACUACCACAUAGCUGAGACAUAUGAAGAAGAUGGAGGACUGUUGCCGUCGGCCUCUUGGCAACCUCUCUCACCAGUUUUCCUCUCGUCUUGUCAAUUUGGGAGGCAUGUCGAGUUCUUAGUAGUCUCACAUGACCAUCUUUACUGUGUUCCAUGGUAUAGAGUAUUUAAUGACUUUGGAAUUCUUUUGUACUGUUCUCCUGAUUGAUACCUUUGCAUAAUGACAUCCUUCUGAUGCUGUGGAAGCUCUCAGGGGAACAUAGCUUGUGCUGUAAGACGUGAUUUCAAAAAUGUCUGGAAAAGCCUACUAGAACCACUGAACUUUAUUUGGGGUUAAUUAGAGGCACUUUAACCUUUGGCAGGUGUGUGCUGACUCCCAUUUAACAUUAGUUUGAAUGUGAUUUAAUUCUCAACACAGCCACAUCCCAAAGGGUGUGCACACUUAACCAACCACAUUAUCUAAGUUCACCCCCCACCCCACCCCCACUCAAAGAGAUGUAUUUUUUCCAUUUGAGUAUUACAGGUGAUAGUUCACAUUAAUGGUGGUUUUUGAAAUAAUUUAUCUUGGUCUAAUUUUUUUAUAUCACAGAAACGUGGCAUUUGAACAGGGGUGUGUAGACUUUUUAUAUCUACCGUAUGACAUACAAAGGUCUGCCAAACGCUAUUUCAAAAUUGUAUAGCUGGCCAAUUUUCUCUUCUUGAAAACAGCAAACAUUUUAUAGUGAAGUUGAUGGGCUUGUUUUAUGGUAUUUUGAUGGUAUUAGAUAAGAGAUCCCAGUCUUUUAUCACCCUGAGAAGAAAGCAACACACCUCUAUUGAACAAUAACCCUCCCCAAAAUGAAAUGUAACCCAUCUAUUGUUCUGUGUACAUUGCCUCAUGAUGCAUAAUGUACGUGGUAGCACUGGAAUAAAUCAAUGUUCAAUGAUGGCAAAAGGGUUGAACAUGUUCUCUGUAUGCACUGUGCUCAUUUUCAAUUUCGCAGGUCAACUGUUGUCCUAGCAA